CGUCGUGACGUCAUUGCCAUUGGUUUCCUUCUACACACAGGCAGCCCAUUAAACCCGCAUCAUUUCAUCUUUUCUGGAUUACUUUAAACCCACAGUGAAGCUGCCAGUCAGAAGGAAGGGGAGUUGCUAUAUUUGAUGAUUGCUUUGGUUGAGUAAGUGACGGAAAAUGGACUCCUUCCAAGAAACGCAAGAGCGAUGCCACGGGUUUGCCUCCAACUAAACUCAAUUCAUCCUCAAAGAACUGAAUUUGUGUAGUCUUUAACAAAGAUCGAUUUCAUUUGAACACUCAGUUAUCAGUCAAUCAUCAGCAGCGAAGGUGAAGACGCUGGGUUUGCUCUUCUGUGAUAUAGGCACUGGCCCUCCACCCACCUCAAGAUGCACAUGAAUAGCUUAUUAAACCAGUGCACGGAGAUCUCCAGGAUGUGCGAGGUGGACGUUUCUUCUGAGCCCACCAGCCCGACGCUGUUUAGAGAGUCUUCGGAUACAUACUGCCAUGUGGACCGUUGGCAGAAAUUACGCACAGCUGUUCGCAAACUAGAGUUUUGGGAAAACUUCACGCAUGAGCUCAUUGGCAGUGGCUUCUUCUCAAAGGUUUACAAGGUGAACCACAAUACAACACGAAAAGUGAUGGUAGUAAAGAUCUACAAGAACGAUGUGGACCAGGACAGUAUUGUGCGAGAAAUCAGUCUUUUGCAGAAGCUCUCUCACCCUAACAUAGUGAGGUAUCUGGGUAUUUGUGUGAAAGAGGACAAAUUAUACCCUAUUCUGGAGUACGUUAGUGGCGGAUGUUUAGAGGAGCUGUUGGCCAGAAAAGACGUUCCUCUGUGCUGGAGAGAGAAAGUGGAUCUGGCCUCUGACAUCACCAGAGGAAUGAUUUAUCUGCACUAUAAAAACAUCUACCACAGAGAUCUUAACUCUAAGAACUGUCUGAUAAGGGUUACGGCCAGAGGCCGAGAGGCGCUGGUGACUGAUUUUGGUUUGGCUCGAGAAGUGGUUGAACUUCCUGCAAAGGACAGAAAGCUUUCACUUGUGGGCUCUGCCUUCUGGAUGGCACCCGAGAUGUUGCGUGGAGAGCCCUACGACCGAAAGGUGGAUGUAUUCUCUUUUGGAAUUGUUUUGUGUGAAAUCCUGGCUAGAAUCCCAGCAGACCCAGAAAUUCUUCCACGAACACAGGACUACGGCUUAGAUGUGUCAGCAUUCAGCAAAAUGGUCAGUGGGUGUCCUCAGCAUCUUUUGGAGCUGGCAGCCAGCUGCUGUCUGAUAGAGGCUUUCAGGAGACCCUCUUUCACAGAGCUUCAGGAGGAGUUGGGUGAAAUCUCUGAAAGUCUGGAGUCUGAUCUCACGACAGGCUGAGCUGCAGCAGGUGCUUCGGUAUCACAUCAGCCCUGCAAUGAACACCAACAGCUGGACACAGUCAAUCACAAACCCAGCUGAAGAUUUAUUACUGAGCUUUUUGCAUCGCAAGAGCAGCUUAAGGACAUUUUAUGGACUUGAAGCUUGGUGAGCUUCCCUCAUUACAGUUUAACUCAGCACAACUGUAUGUAGUUUGUUCUGCAUACAAUAUACAUUAUACACACUGUAAAAAGUGAUGUCAAAUCAACAUAUAUUUUAUUUUAAGUUAACUUAACACAUUAAAUUAAACUAUUUCAAAUUGUUUUUAUAAGUUAUGUCAACUUAUCAAAACUUAAUAAUAGUAGUUUGAAAUGACUUGCAAAACCAAGUUGUUUUAACAGCAUAUAAAACUGUUUCAGCUUAAGUGUGCCUAGCUGUUUGCAGUGUCAACAUUUCAAGCUAUGGACUUAAAAGUGUUUCUGGGUUUUAUAUUAAUACUUUUAUAUUUAAAAUAUCGGCACUUUAUCCAAUAGUUAAAAAAUGCAGAAAGCAUGUCAAUGGUUUCCAAUAACCAAAUAAGAUUUUUAGAGAGAAUUUGGUAAAAAUACAGUAUAUAUUAUUAUUAUUAAGGAAACAUUUUAUUUUGGUACUAAACUUUCAAUGCCAAAAUGCACAAAUAUAUAUUGACUGUUUUUUUUUUUUGUACUAGGACAAACUUGUUUGAAAAAGUCAAGAGAGUAUUUUCUUUACUGUUAAGCAGUUUAUACAAAAGCAAGUUCCUCGUUGUUGUUUUUACUUUCACUGUGAGCUAAAGUCAUGCACUUUGUAAACUCUCCAUAGAGCAUUGUUUUCUGCCUUUAAGGUGUUUGUGUUGCUAUGACUCACCAGUAGUUAUAUUUCAAUGCUCUGACUGAGUGUUUGGUGAUUUUUUUUUUCAGUGCAAUGUUUAAUCAAGCAACAAAGCUCUAACAAUUUAAGUUGAAUGCACAUCCUUCAUUGUUUAUGUUAGUUUCUUUCACCUAAUACAUUUAUAGUCUUUCAACAUUUUACGAUAAUGUGGCAUAAGAAAUUUGCGCCAAACUAUCAUGAUCAAGCUGAAUGAUGGUGCGCCAGGCAGAAAACGUUACAUUCUGAAGUUUAUUACUUGCCACCAAUGUUAUGGUUGUUCUUAUUUUGUCAAUUGUUUAUUAAUUAAUAUUUAUAUACAAGUUCAUAAAACAUUUUAUUAUGCUUUAAUGCAGUUGUGAAUUGUAUUUGGAGAUCUUUGAAGUUAACAUAACAAAAUCGAUAUUCUGUGCCUCUGAGAAUCUCAUACAGAGAAUAUUUUCAUGCUAACCUCAUCAUCAUGGGUACACAGACCCAAUCAUGUAAAGUCUUAAUCUUUCUGUUUGUAGUGUUUUUGUAAUACUUAGUGUAAAGAUGAAAGAAAGUGUAUUUGAACAGUGUUUAUUUUUCAAAUAAAACCAUUGAA